GAAAAACUCUGAGCAGAAAUCAAAACAAAGACAAAAACGCAUCCUAGCUGUGAUCAUUGAUCGAGGAAUUGAAAUACUACUUAUUCAAGAGAUAGUUGACUAAAAACUUGAAGAUGUCACCCAAGGACGGCGGCGCCAUUGACCCGCCGAAGCACACCAAUAAAUAUACGAUUAGCCAUCCCGCAAUGAGUACGGCCACGCAGUUGGGCCAGGAGAAGGCUGCCGAUGGGAAGACAGAAACGCCCAAAGCUGAGCGCACCUGGCGCGAAAAGCUGCGCCUGGUGGCCAACAAUAUCACCGUGGAGCCCAUACUAGCCGCAUACAUAAUGCCCAGCGUGCUCUCGAAUCUGGCCACACAGAAUCUGAACUUGGAGAAGGCGUGCCGCGUGAACAUGGCCUACGGGGAUGAGAUCUGCGAUGCGCUAACUCGCCGUCAGACGGCCAACUAUACGCUCGAGGAGGAGACAGUGCAACAGAUGGUCGCCCGUAUGGCUGCAUGGAAGACGGUGAUUCAGUCGCUCUUCCCCUGCCUGCUGAUCCUGUUCUGGGGCUCCUGGAGCGAUCGCCAUCGCCGUCGCAAGCCCUGCAUCCUCAUACCGGUGGUGGGGGAAUUUCUCGGCGUUGUCGGCCUCAUGCUCUGUGUCUACUUCGAGAACGCACCCAUGGAGGCAGCCGCACUCACCGAGGCCAUCUUUCCCUCGCUCAGCGGCGGCUGGUUCACCAUGCUGAUGGGCGUCUUCAGCUACAUUGCGGACAUAACCACCGAGGAGGAGCGCACUCUGCGCAUUGGCAUCCUCAACGUCUGCUUCUCGGUGGGCGUGCCCAUUGGCAUGGCCUUCAGUGGUGUGCUGCUCAAGCAAAUUGGCUUCUAUGGCGUGUUUUCCAUUUCGGCGGCCUUCUAUGUGCUGGCCUUUGUCUAUGGCAUGUUCUUCCUGGAGGAGCCGGUGGCGCGGCCGGAGAAGUCGGCGCAACAGAAGAGUCUGCUGGCGGACUUCUUUGACAAGGAGCACGUGGUGCAGACGUUCCGCGUGGCCUUCAAGAAGGGCGAAAACCAGCGGCGCCAGCGCGUCAUCCUCCUGAUGAUCGUGGUGAUGGUGAUCAUUGGCCCACUGCAUGGCGAGAUGGCGGUCACAUAUCUGUUCACCCGCUUUCGUUUCAACUGGUCGGAGGUGGAGUUCAGCUUCUUCUCGACCUAUGCCAUGUUCACGGGCCUCAUCGGCGUCAUCUUCUGUGUGGGCGUGCUGUCACACAAGCUGGAGAUCGAUGAUGCUCUGGUCGGCGUGCUCUCUAGCACCUCCAAGAUUCUGUCGUCGUUCGUCUACGCCUUCGCCACCCUGCCCUGGCACAUGUAUCUGGGCGGCCUGGUGGAGAUCUUCAAUGGAACGGCCUUCAUAGCCAUGCGCUCGAUAGCCACCAAGCUGGUGUCCAAGGAUGAGCUGGGCAAGGUCAAUUCGCUGUUUGGCGUCGCCGAGGCCCUCAUGCCCAUGGUAUUUGCGCCCAUGUAUACGACGCUGUACGCCGCCACGCUCCGGGUGCUGCCGGGCGCCUUCUUUCUGCUCGGCGGCGGUCUAACCAUGUUCUCCGUGGGCAUCUUUCUCUGGAUGUAUCGCUUCCAGGUGCGGCAACGUCGCAAGGGCAAUGCCACGGACACGGAGCACGGCUCCGUGAAGGAAGCCAAUGGCAACAUAAAUGCGAUCGAGGCGCUGGCGCUGGCCAGCGAGGCCAAGGGCCAGUUGAAUGGCAUCAUUGCCAAUGUGAUACACGAGUCCCUGGAGCACGCAGACUCUGCUCCCGCGGCAGCGACGGCGGCAGCGGCGAUCCCGGCAGCGACGCGGCAGAAUGGCAUCGAGAAUCACGCCUUUGUCCAGGAUGCCCUGGAUGCCAAGGCCAAGGAUGCUUAGAGCGGCACUGCGGCAUCGGGCCAUCCAAUUCUCCCGUCUGUUAUAUACAUGCAUACGUGUAUAUAUGUAUUUGUUGUAUAAUUAUUCUGUACCUAUAUUUAUUAUGCUGGCCUGUAAGUUGAACUGUGAACGCCCCAUGGAGAUUAUCUCCACGCGGCUUCAGAUAGGUGAAGCAGGUCGCGUAUUAUCUGUACCUACGUAUCGUACGAUCUGUAAAUGUUUUAGCUCUAAGUACCCAAAAAAA